CUGUCCCUGAAACUGCGAGGUCCUUAUCACCAUCAACAAUACCAUCGGCAUUACCACUAUCGACACUCCCAUUGACAACAAGUGACGGUCAACCUCAAGAACCAACUACAUAUUCUAAACCCCCGGAGAUGACGUCACCGUCCCUAUCAACAUCGCAAUGGUUAUCGACACCGGAUGGAAAAGAAGGUUCAACUACUUUCGAUGGUGCCCCUGAUGGCACGGCUACCCCGACGACACCGCCGCUUACCGAUGUCUUCCUACAGCCUACGAGCCAGGUGUCAACUUCACCGACCAGGGUGACGAUUCAACCCAUCACCGAACCCCAAGAUCCAAUAACCCCGAAUAAAGUCUCAUUGGUUUGUGAUGAGGUGGACCGCACACUCUCUGUUGUGGAAUGUGCCACACCCAAUGAAUGUACCAUCAAUAUCUUCGUGUGUGAUGGGGUCUCUGACUGCAGCGACGGGUCUGACGAAAGUCCAGCCACUUGUCUUGGAGAACCAGCUUGUGAACACGAACCGAAGCUUGUGUGCGAAAAUGGAGGUACAUGCUUAUCGAAACCCAGGACAAGUCAGAAGGUUGCUCACGUCACUUGCCUUUGUGAACUCAACUUCAGAGGAGAGACAUGCCUCGAGGAAGUAGAUCUAACUACCUCGUCAUCUCCGUUAUCACCGACACCGUUGGCUUCGACUUUGUUGUCGAUCUCCCAGUCCGCGGCAUCAACGGUUGAAAAUACUCCCGCAACCGUGUCUGUAACCCAGAACACAGAAGGAACACAAAACACUGUGGUGUCCUUAACGACCGAGAUAACCAGUACAGUAAUAGAGACAUCAAGGGAUAUUGAAGUAUCAUCUUCUCUCACAACAAAUCCCGUCACGAGGACGAUCAGCAAUUCUCCUGCUAUAGAUGAACCUACAACUGAAAAUGCAGAGGUCAUGUCGCCGUCAAAGGAUGUAACAUCUGGAAAAUCGUACACGACAGCAACUGAAGUGGUGACAAGCUAUGACACUGCGUUGACUACAAUAGUGUUUCCUUCCACUUCGCAAGAAUUGACUACAGACACAAAUCCCAUUUCUGAGUCAUCAGGCACAUCUGUCAGCAGAAUCACCACUCCUCUCCCUUUCACAUCAGAUACUGAAACCCAGACAUGGACACCAAAGUCCCCACCCACAUCGGAUAUAACAAUUAUUACUGAGGAUGUGCCACUUGUGUCUGACAUGACCACUGAUCAUCUUACCACAGAAUAUGAAGAAUUUACGAUAAUUACAGAGAUCAUCACCAUCCCGGUGUCCAAUACUGAUGAUGUUACCAAUGUCAAUACGGACACUGCAACUGGUGAAGGGUUGGGGACAGAAUCGAGUGCUAUUACAGAAGUAUCAACCCAACUCCUAUCACUUAGAACAUCCACUAUGAUGAUUCCUACUGUGGAUCCUAGUCAAACAAUCACAUAUUUCGAAAAAGAAAGUACAGAAACAGUAACUACCUUUGAUGAAACCACAGACACAUCAACAACUAAUGAAAGACAAUUAGCAACAGAUUCAGCAACAGAUAUUGGGACUACCGAAAGCACUCUUGGUGAUACAACGAUUUCAGGAGUAGAUGAAUCACAAGCCUACUCUACGUCCACACCGUUUGAAGUAAUUGGUACUCAAAGUGACAUAACUUCUACCAAGGAAAGUUCGGACUACCCGACGACAAUGGAAGGCACUCGUACUUUUGAAAGAGAAACAGAUUACCCAAUGAAGAGAACAACAGAAGCCUCUGGUACUCAAAGUGAUAUAACAGUUAUGGUUUCUGAUGGUAAAACUAGUCACACAGUGGGUAAAGCAACUGAAGCAUCAUCUAGUACUGAAAGUGAUACAACAAUUUACACAAGAAGUACGGAAUACCCAAUGGUUAAAACAACUGAAACCUCAAGUACUCAAAGUGAUGCAUCAAUAUCCUCAGAAGGUACAACAGACUACAAAAUGGUUAAAACAACUGAAGCCUCUACUAUUACAAUCGACACAACAACCGAAAACACCAACACUCACAUUGACAUGUCUUCGGUCACCAGCCUGCAAUCAGCACAUCCGUCUACAACCCAAGCGACUCUCUCAAUUGAAACAACAACUGAACUCAUUACCACACAUGCAGAUACUCAAACAUCAGGACUUGAUCCCACAGAUGACUCAAAAACCCAGAGAACAUCGACAGUGACACUGACGUCAUUAUUAUUGUCUACAUCUGCAAUACAAACAACAGACAGGAAGGCAUCAACAACUGAGGAAGAAGGUGACCAAGGAACACAUUUUGGAAGUACUACAGAUCAAAAUACUGUCACAUCAUCGAGGUUUGAGACCUCAAAAAUAUUUUCAACAACCGACACGUCGUCAUCAACUACCGCUGGCAGAUCAGCCUCGUCCGAGAGAGUCGUGCUGAUAGUAUUAUUAUCAACCGCUGCUGUUAUCGUGUUCUCAAUCGCCUGUCUGAUCCUCGUCGGGUGUUGCAUCGCGAGGAAAUGGCGGGAAAAGAACUUUUAUCCAGAUGAUGAUCAAACACCUCUGAGGUCUCCGCAAACAUAUUCCCAGCAGAGUAAUAGAGGAAAGAAAUACACUUAUGGUCAAAAUCACCAGGAAAACAACAAGCCAAGCUUCGCCCAUCGGUUGAAGCCGUUUCAGUCAACCAAAGUCGAAUACGAGUCCGACUUAACCGACGCACCGUCUCUCUCCUCGCCAUCGCCGACAACACUUUCCAUAAUAAACGACUACUUUGAACAAAUGCACAGUGUCUACAACGGCCUCGAACCUGACGGUAACCGAAACAACUCUACGGAACGACAUUAUGAAGGAACCGAUUUGGGAAGCGAAAGUUUCGAGAUGAGGUUUUUCCCGGAUACCGAGUAUUGGAUGCCGUCAAGCUCAAGUGAUGUGACGGAUAUCCCGUAUUACAUAACCGAUGAUGCACCUCUGCCGGUUUCCCAUGUAUAGAAGUACCAUUGAAUCAGCCGGUAUCACGUGACAAACUAUGGACCAAUCACGCAUUGUAUUUUGGAAAGCAAGUUAAACAAAACAAACACAAACCACGAUACUCUUGCGAUUUCUUGCAAUCACGAUUGUCCAAAAGGUUAAUCUUACCGGUUUCUCAUACCUGAUAACCUACUAUGACAGAAUAUUAGACAUUUGAAAUUAUUAACAAGAAGAAAUAUGAACAAAUUCCUAUGUAUAUAUGGCUGUACAUACCAAAGGACAUGAAGCAGACAAUAUUCUUAAAACAAAUAUUUAGCGCCAUAAUAUUAAGGAUGUGAACCACCGUAAAUAUCAGCGUCAUAGAACGUAGCUUCAUUUUGUGAUGUAUUACUUUUUGUCAUCAUGGUUAUGGUUGUCUUCUUGGUUUAACUUUCAAAAGAAAAAAAAAUCUAAGAGUAAUCAUCGAAUGAUAUCUCACAUUCGACCAGUCACAUGACAGAAUUUUGAUUAGACAAAUAGCAUUUAAUCAUCACUUGAUUUCCAUGGGUCGAGAAGCCAAACUGUUAAGUGCCAUUUGGUUGUUAGAUCAAUCAAUCAAUAAAUUUUGAUUUUUAUAUGCUAUGUAACUACAAGAAUAUUUAUGAGGAGGCUGCACUCUACAAGCUCCGCUUUUUAGCAGCCUCCUCCAUUUCCAACCUGAUAUGUAU